AUGACUUCUUUAGCUCGCUAUCUUGGUGCUGGUACAGUGGCUACGAUUUCAGUUUUAGCAUGUAUUUAUCAUGAUCGAGCUAUCUUUGAUGAAAAACGAGCAGACAUUAAAACACAGCCUGGUUGGCCACUUGUAGGCAAUCUACCUGUUUUAUUGGAAUAUUUAGUACGUUUUCAUGAUUUCCUUCUAGAAGGUUUUACACGACUUGAUGAAUUAACAUUAACGUUAUCUGCCUUAGGUAUUCCUAGACAUGUAGGUACUAUUGAUCCAAGAAAUGUAGAACAUAUUUUAAAAAGUCCUGAAUUUCAUAAUGGUAUGUUGGAUCUCUUUGGUAACGGCAUCUUUAAUGCUAAUGGUGAUGAAUGGAAAUAUCAACGUAAAACGGCUAGUGCUAUUUUUAAUGUCAAAAAUUUUAGAGAUCAAUUUACUGAUGUUUUUAUCAAAGAGCUUUGUGUGAUGGUAGAUGAAAUUUGGGAUAUAGCAGCUGAUAAUUUAACUGUAGUAGAUUUUCAUGAUGUCAUGUUUAAAUUUACUUUGGAUUCUUUUAUUAUGCUCGGCUUUGGCGUCGAAUUAAAUGCACUCUCAUCUAAAGGGAAAGUUCCUUUUGCAGCUGCCUUUGAUGAGGCUCAGAAGAACACAUUCUUACGUUUUGUAAAUCCUAUUUGGCCAGUGACGGAACGAAUUCUUGGUCUUUUGAUGCCCUGGAAGGAAAACAUGAACGAUCACCUAGCUGUCGUCGAUAGUUUUGCUCGUAAAGUGAUAGAGAAACGUCGAGCUCAACUUGAAGCGGGUGAAGUCCAUAAAGACCUCCUAUCAAGGUUUAUGGAUGCACGAAAUCAUAAGGGAGUCCCACUUAAUAAUGAUGAAUUACGCGAUAUUGUUCUUAACUUUGUUAUAGCAGGUCGGGAUACAACUGCACAAGCUCUCUCUUGGACUUUUUAUAUGCUUAUCUGUCAUCCUCGGGUGGAAAGAAAACUGUUGGAUGAAAUAAAUAAAUACAUUACUGAUGACGAUCUGCAUGAUUCAUCCACUCUUUAUGAAAAGAUGAAGAGCAUGACUUAUGCUCAUGCUGUCUUUUAUGAAGUUUUACGCCAUUAUCCUUCUGUUCCACUUAAUCAAAAAUAUGCUCUAGAUGAUGAUAUCUGGCCAGAUGGGACACAGAUCAAGAAGGGCGAUUAUAUUUUAUGGUGUCCUUAUGUUCAAGGUCGUUCUGAAAAAGUAUGGGGCCCUGAUGCUAAACAAUUUAGGCCAGAACGUUGGAUUACAUCUACAGGUGAACUUAGACGAGAAUCACAAGGCCAAUGGCCAGCUUUUCAUGCUGGGCCUCGUGUUUGUUUAGGUCAAAAUUUGGCUACAUUGGAGGCAUUAAUUGCUAUUGUUUUCUUGGUUAAAAGAUAUAAGUUUACUUUAAUGCCUGAUCAAGAAAUUACUUAUCAAGUUUCACUCACUUUACCAAUGAGAUAUGGAAUGAAAGUGAUGGUCGAACGACGUGACAAGGAAUAA